AUGAAUGCACUCGCUACUCGUCUACCAGACUUCGAUCAGGACCCGAACUCAAGCUCGGACACGGACACGAUCCACCUUCUAAUGAAGCAAAUCAUGGAACUGUGGAAGUCUUGUCGAGAACCCGUGGCUGAACUGAUGAAGCAAGAAUCCAACGAAGAGUACAAAGACUACUUGGAACUGCAGGAUCACAUACAGAUAAUCGACAAAGCCAAGGUACCUCAGGUCAGCGUGAAUCAGAUGAACGACAACCCGCAAGUCAACGCGAUGCAGCGGGACGAGAAGCGGAAGCCAUUCAUCGGUCACAAGCCCAGAACACAUCUUUUAGCCAUAUUGACAUUAGUAUCGCCAAUCAAGGCGCAAAACUCAUCAUCGGCGAUCAGCUGUUACGAGGGCAAGGUUCACAUCACAUGGCAAGGCGCGCCUUACACGCUAUGCAUCGAUAACGAUUGCAAAACGAUCGAUAGUACCACGCACGGCAUGCGAUAUGCGUUGCCCAUAUCACCGAUCAAUACCAGUGCCUCAGUGCGUUUCAGCAAAGUAACAGGCGAUGGCGCUCAUGAAUCGGUACUGAUAUGUGAAACACCACAAUCCUGUGAUCACCAGAAAAUUUUGUCAAAAACCCUGCUGGGAAACCCCCAUUGCUGGCCAUUUGGCGCUUUCGUUACCAUACCUAUGAUCCUCUACUUCAUUACAAUGCUAGAUAUCGUAAUCAUCUGUUCAAUAUCAAAACUAGGCAGAAAACGACGAAACACCGUUAAAGAAACACUUCCGGUACAACAUCAAAUAUGUAAAGUGCUGAAUCCCUCUUUCAGACCAGCUCUUCCCGGAAUGAAUGCAACAACUAUUUGCUUACUAGUUAAUGCAUUAAUUGUCAACGCACAUGCUUGUCAAAAAGACUACACAAGACACGUUGCGAACCUUGUCUGUACAGAUACAGACAGCUGCCACUAUGAGUACAGUAAUGAGUUGCUGUUCAAUAAGGUGAUAUCAGAGAUAUGCAUUGAAAUUAUGCAUGAAUCAUGCAUUCAUGACAAGUGUCAUAUUAUGCGCGCAAACGAAAACGUCGAAGAACUGCGGAAGUCCAACAAAUUCCCAGGAUAUUCCGGCUGCAUCGACAUUUGCGGAGGAAUACUCUGCGGAUGCUUGCUUCCUCUACCAGCAUGUCAGUUUUAUCGACUCGCUCAUAGACCAAUCUCCGAUCAGAUAUAUGAAGUGAUAUCCUGCUCAGAAUGGAAGCUUAAUGUGCAUAUACGCAUGGAAUACACAAAGCUGGGAAAAACAUCUAGGAGCACUCGCUUGAUCCAGCCAUAUGUUACGGAAAAGAUCAAUAAUUUCAACGUAACGGUCAUUUCUAUUCAGAAGUUAUCACUACCACUACUAAACAAGCGUUUCGCUAUCUCUGGAAGCGAGUCAUUUAUCUUACCAGACAAAUUCCAAAUUCCAGUGGAAUGCAGCAGUGAGUUGCAAACUAAACACAACUCCUCAUCAUGCACUACAAGUAUGCACUGCCAUUGCGACAACUCCGUUCACCAAUGUAUGUGUCCGGCGACUCGAUCGCUGCCCUCAGAAAUCGCUCAUCUGCGAAACUACCAUUGGAAACCCCAGUUUCCACAAUAA